GUUGGAUCAUUGAGGGGGUAGCAAAAUGAAUAUCGAAUUCUUGACUAGUCACACUAGUCAUGACACCUGCAAAUUACUGGCUUGUCUCUUCCAAGUAGAGUAAAGAGAACAGAAACAUCAGCUGUUGGCACUUGGCAGUCGUGUUGGUGAUCAGCAUGAAGUUAAAAUUGCUAACCACUUUGCUUCUGCUCUCAAUAUUUUCCUUAAAAUUUGCUUCGCCACGAUCCAUAGUCGAGACGCUACCAGGAUACUCUGGUACUCUUCCAUUCAAACUCGAAACAGGGUAUAUUAGCGCUGGAAGAGACGAUGAAGUGCAGUUCUUCCACUACUUUAUCGAGUCAGAAAGGGAACCCGACAGGGACCCUCUGAUGCUUUGGCUCACCGGUGGACCUGGUUGCUCUGCUUUUUCCGGCCUGGUUUAUGAAAUUGGCCCACUGAAUUUUGAUUUUGAGACUUUUGAUGGGAGUUUGCCGGCGUUCGUCUUGAAUCCAUACUCGUGGACAAAGAUAGCAAGCAUUAUUUUCUUGGAUGCGCCAGUUGGUACCGGAUUUACUUAUGCAACUACCUCAGAGGGUUAUCAUUCUUCAGACAUACAAACGGUUGGAGAUAUAUAUACCUUUCUUCAAAAGUGGCUUUUAAAGCAUCCUAACUUUAUCAAGAAUCGCCUGUACAUUGCUGGUGACUCAUUUGCGGGCUAUCUUGUUCCAAUGGUCGUCAACAAAAUAUCGCAAGGCAUUGAGGCAGGCGUCAAUCCAAGAAUGAAUAUUCAGGGGUACGUGAUUGGAAAUCCAGGAACAGAAUACCACAUCGAUAAAAAUUCGGUACUACCAUUUGCUCACCGCAUGGCACUUUUAUCAGACAAAUAUUAUCAGAUGGCGAAAGUUAAUUGUCACGGGGAAUAUGAAAAUCCAGAUCCAAACAACGCGUGGUGCCUUUACGCUCUCCAGUUUUAUAAAGAGUGCAUUAGAAACAUAUUCCAAGCAAAUAUUUUGGAACCGGCAUGCAAAUUCAGGUCAUCCAAGCCUAGUGCAUCGGAAUUGGAUAAGAACACCUAUUUGGAAGAUGACCCGAUCAUCAGGAUGCUCCCUCAAUCAAAUAAAAAGGAAUCGCGGUGUCGGAAUGACAAUUAUGUGCUAUCAUUUGUGUGGGCAAAUGAUCAAGCCGUCCAAGAAGCUCUACACGUUAGAAAGGGAACAAUUAAAGAGUGGAGAAGGUGCAAUAAAAGCUUAUCUUAUGACCAAAUUGAAUACAGUGUUGUCCGAUAUCAUAAGCUGCUGAUCAAGAAAGGAUACGAAGCAUUAGUUUAUAGUGGUGAUCAUGACAUGGUAAUCCCCUACAUUGGUACACUGAAAUGGAUAGCUGCUCUGAAUUUGACUGUUGAUGACGAUUGGCGGCCGUGGAUAGUUGAUGGUCAAGUUGCAGGAUACACGGAAAGGUAUAUUUACAGCAAAAUCCAGUCUCAUUUAACCUUUGCCACGGUGAAGGGUGCUGGACAUACAGCUCCCGAAUACAAGCCUAAACAAUGUUUAGUGAUGUUGGACCGAUUCUUUGAAGCUUAUCCGCUGUAAGAUUACCCCCCAAUGGUUUGUUAUCCGCGGUAGACCAGUGCAAAAUCUGUCAAAGUUGGCAUGUCUUAUUCUGGAUUAUUCCCAGUAUAGUUAUGAAGUUGUAUACCAACAAAUUAAUCAUCCACAAUAUUCGUCCAUUUUAGUUCCUAGCUAGACAAGAUCAUGAAUUGCUUGGACGUGGUAAAGGUUAUGCCUUUUUUUUUU